AUGGUGAUCCGUGUGCUUUUGAUUGGCCUACUGGGGAUUCUCUGGAUUGUGCACCUCCUGAAACAAUUUGGGGUACGCAGGCAGCGCCCGCCUGGGCCUUCUGUGCUGACUGUCCUUGGAGCCAUUUUGUUGAAUGGGUUUCAGUUUCGUGAAGAUACUUUCAUUAAGCUAGGAAGGCCAUAUGGAAACAUUUACUCCCUGUGGCUGGGAACGUAUUUCGUCGUGGUCCUGUCGGGGUUCCAAGCCGUGAAGGAAGGACUGAUAGACCACGCUGAGGAACUGUCUGAGCGACCGCUGACUCCCCUCCUCAAAGUCAUAGGAAAAGAAAAGGGUAUUGUAUUUUCAAAUGGUCACACCUGGAAGCAGCAGAGACGGUUUGGCGUGGUGACGAUGCGCAAGCUGGGACUGGGCAGGAAAGGCAUGGAGCGCCAAAUCGAAGAGGAGGCCCGGCAGCUGGUGAACGAUUUUGCAAGUACUGAAGGUCAGCCAUUUGACCCUUCAUCAUUUCUCACCAGUUCAGUCUCCAAUGUAAUUUGUGCUGUGACGUUUGGAUACCGUUUUUCUCCUGAAGACAAAUUCUUCAAGGAACUGAUGAAAUCUGUUGAGGUUGGCUUAAGACUUGGAUUCACCAUCUUUCAUUUUGUGUAUGAAAUAAUCCCGCAGAUCAUGGACCACCUUCCAGGGCCCCACAAUAAGGUCUUUGCUGCCAUAGACAUGCUAUUUUCACUUGCACAGAAGGAGAUAAAGAGGCACAAGGAGCAACACUCUUUUCACGAGCCACAGGAUUUCACGGAUUUCUAUUUACUUCAGAUGGAAAGAAGCAGCAAAGACCCCAGCUCUACCUAUGACGAAGAGAAUCUGGCCCAGUGUAUUACCGACUUCUUUGUUGCUGGGACAGAGACAACAAUGACUUCCCUGAAAUGGGCGUUGCUCCUCCUGACAAAGCAUCCCGAUAUCCAAGAUAAAGUCCACAAGGAGAUUGAAGAGACUUUUGGUUCUCAUGCAAUCAGUUAUCAGGAUAAAAGGAAGCUGCCGUACACCAAUGCCGUGAUCCAUGAAAUCCAGCGGUCAAGAUAUACCUUUCUGUAUGGGCUUCCGAGACAAUGCACAAAGGAUAUGACCAUACAAGGUUUUUUCAUUCCCAAGAGCACCAUGAUUAUUCCUGAUCUGCGCUCCGUCCUUCAGGAUCCUGAGCACUGGGAGACACCUCAUGAGUUCAGCCCGAAUCAUUUUUUGGACAAGGAUGGAAACUUUGUAGCCAGAGAAGAAUUUCUGGCAUUUGGUGCAGGGACCCGGGCAUGCCUGGGGGAGCAGCUGGCGCAGAUGGAGAUCUUCCUCUUCCUGACCAGCCUCCUGCAAGUGUUCCGCUUCCAGCGGCCAGAAGGUGUGAAGGAGCUCAGCCAAGACUCCAUUGCAGGGCUGACAGCACAGCCCCAGCCCUACAAAAUCUGCGCUGUUCCCCGCUGCACUUCAUCAUAA